ACCGCGGCCGCGCUUAACAGUGCGCUCGAGAGGUACAAAGAGCUAAUCUGGACGGCUACCGAGCGCUAGAGCAGGCACUGCCGCCCGUCAACCUCUCCCGUGAAGGCUUCGGAGGGCGCUUCAGUCAGGGUCGGCGGCGUGGAGGGCGUCAUAUCAGGCGCCGCAGACGCCUCCAGGGCACAGCAGAUGAGAUCGCCCGCACGCUGCAGGCUUCGAACGCACUGCGUUGCGUAGAGGACAGCGCCGGCGAACCAAGCGCAACACACUCGCAGGGCGCGGGCACGGCAUCUGAGGAGAUCUCCAUUCCCGCGCGUCGCCCGAUUCCAGCACAAACGCGAACACCGCGGCGGUGGCUGCGUCUCGCGCGCCUCGCAGCCGCCACAAUAUCCCUGUGACCCUGGCUGGCCUGCUGUUUGAGACAGGCGUCCGGAGUCGCUCAAGGUUCGUCAGAAUUCAGCUCGGCGUAUGCAGCAAAAAAUCGCUCAAUCACCAGGUUGGGGCGACCAAUCUUUGGUCUGCGACCGAGGAGUCCGACCCUGGAGGGAAAGCACCGUGUGCCACGGUCGCCUUAAUGCCAGGCUCCCGUGGCCCCGCCCGCACUGGGCCUUCAAAUAGUGGGCUGACUUCUCGCCCUUCCCAGCGCGGGUCACAGGAGUGCCGCCGGACAUGUGCGCCAAGAUUCCCGCGUCAGUGUGCGCCCAACCACGGGCAACGGAGAUGCAUGGCGGCACAAUAAGCACCUGAUAGACUCUUCUUGCGACUCGAGCAGGGUCCCUCGCGCCAAUCUGGAACAGGGCGUGGACGACGACAUACGCCUGGCGCCGCCGCCGCCGCUUUGCGUAAAGACCGGUCGAUGGUGACGCUGUCGCUUCGCCGCCGGUGGGAGACCGUGAUGGAGACGCGUGCAGUGCACCAUCGGCGUGUUCGAGGGCGAGGACAAGCCGACACCCGCAGCGCGCCUCGGCCAAGCGCCUGGGCGGGCAGAUUGCCACAAAAGGCAGCCGCGAUCAGUACGCGAUCGACGCCUGAUAUUAGGCGCCUGAUACCCGAGUCAAAGCGUGGCGCCUACUGGAAAACGUAUCUGCACUCAUUACCGCCUGCACAAGAAUGCCUCCAAAAUCGUCCGCGAGCAAGGACAAAAACCUCGCCGGAGAAGAGGACGACCUACAGGCGGUCAUCCUCGCCGACAGCUUCAACACUCGAUUCCGGCCCUUGACCCUCGGCAAACCGAGAUGUCUGCUCCCAGUUUGCAACGCGACGCUGCUCGACUGGACGUUUGAGAGUCUGGUGCUUGCUGGCGUGCACGAGAUCUUUGUCAUCUGCCGGUCCUACCCCGAACAGGUCAAGAGUGCCAUCCAAGCCUCAAAAUGGUCUGAGCCGACCGCAGGGAUCAAGAUUGUGCCGAUUAUCACCUCUAAAGAGACCUUCACUCCCGGAGACGCCAUGCGUGACAUCUAUACCCAUGGGAUUAUCAAGUCUGACUUCGUGCUGGUCAUGGGCGAUCUGGUCAGCAAUGUACGGAUAGACGAGGUCGUCCGGAUACACAGAGAACGCAGAAGAGUCAACAAGGACGCAAUCAUGACCAUGGUGGUCAAGGAAAGCGGCGCGGUGCACCGGACAAGGUCAAGAGCAGAUUAUGGCGUCUUUGUGCUCGAUUCUCAAACUUCCCAGUGCUUGCAUUACGAAGCCGCCGUGGGCUACCCACCCACGAGACGUGUGCGGAUCCCCCGUGAUGUGCUUGCCGAGCAUCCGGAGGUCGAAAUUCGCAACGAUCUUAUCGACUGCUGCAUAGACGUCUGCUCCGUUGAGGUUCCCUCGCUAUUCCAAGACAAUUUCGAUUACGGUGACAUUCGGCGAGACUUCGUACACGGUGUCCUGACCUCGGAUCUUCUCAUGAAAGAUAUUUAUUGUUGUGUCAUCAAAGAGGGGUACGCUUCCCGCGUGUCAGACACACGGAGCUACGACUCUGUCAGCAAAGACAUACUGUCGCGAUGGACGUUCCCACUCGUGCCGGACGACAACCAUCCCGGCGGUCACGCUUACGAAUAUCUGCGCGGAAACACCUACAUCGCGAAGGAUAACUCUGUCGUUCUAUCCCGAACGUGCAAAGUUAACGCAAACACGCUUAUCGGCGCGCACACGACCGUCUCGCCCGGUGCCGUCAUCACCGCGAGCGUCAUCGGCCAGCGCUGCACCAUCGGUCCGAACGUCACCCUCUCGCGCGCUUAUGUGUUCGAUGAUACGCACAUCGACGCCGACACUGCUGUGGAGCAAAGUAUUAUUGGCAGAGGCGUCCGCAUUGGCGAGGGCAGCAAUAUUGAGCGCGGGUGCCUUGUCGGUGAUGGCGUCAUUCUCGGAAAGGGCGCGCGUCUAAGGUCGUUUGAAAGGGUGUCGAGACGGAGAGGGGAUACAGAGGACGAAGAGAGUGACGAGGAGUGGGAAGAGGUCGAGAAGAGUACGUUGCUGUGCUUGCACCACUGCAGCCUGCGCGCUGACAUCUGCCUUUCAGGCCAAGGCGACAAUACCGCCAUCCUGGGUCAAGGCUCAAAAGCCAUUGUAUGGCCGAGAGGUCCGUCCGAUGAUGACGAGGAGCUGGAGGAGGUUGAGCGCUUCAACAAUCAACGGCUGAUACGGAUUGGAGACACCGCAGCGGAUCUAUUCGCCCAAGCAGAGGCCGACGAAUCGGACUCUUCAGAGGACGAAGGGGAAGAGAGCGACGUCUCCUCCUUCGCACCGCUCUCACGCACUUCGUCAUUCUCCUCCGUCUCGAACGUCGCCACUGCGACGCAGUCGAGCAUCGCCGCGCUCUCAACGGCUGCGGCGGAGAGCGAGUUCCAGGCGGAGGUGACGCAGUCGCUCGACCGCGCGUUCGCGGAGGGGCACAGCGUCGAGAACGCCGCGGUCGAGCUCAAGACGCUCCGCAUGGCGAGCAACGUCGACCUGCGCAAGGUCCGCGAGGCGGUCGUCGCCGCGAUCGUCGAGCGCAUACCCGCCGAGGGCGAGCUCGCCGUCCAGAGGCGCGAGACCGUGCGGCUCGUCGAGCGCUGGGGGCCGCUCAUCAACCAGAUUGGCGGUGUGGACCCGGUGGAGACCGUCGAAAUCCUCCAGUACCAUUGUGCGAAGUCGCCUCGGAUCCAGAUAUUUGGCCCGGUCCUUGCUGCGCUCUACCAGGACGAUAUCGUGGACGAGGACGACAUCCGAGAAUGGCAUGUAAGCCCCGCUGCCAAGGGUGAAGGUGUCAAGUCGACCUCAGUUCUUGAGGGAGUGAGGUACUGUUGGGUUGUGGGUCAGAAACUAAUUGAGCAGUUUGAUGCUCAGGAGAGCGAAGAGGAGAGUGAGGAAGGAGACGAAGAAUGAAAAUAUGCGGCGUUGUAUAGAUAGAUGCUCCUUGCUGUCCUGCGGCUCACUUAAGAGCAACGACGCAUUUGGACAAGCCCGAGAGUACCGCCGGCAGAAGCAUAGAAGAUCAGGCACAAGCUCAGACGGGGACGUUGUGGAGUCUGCUACAGGCAUUAAAUCGUUUCCGACCUCGGACGAACGAGAGUGCGUAAUCGUCCAUGGGCAACCCAAGGGUAUAUCGAUUACAUACAACGCUGGGCUAUCUAUUACAGAAGAAAGUAAGGUCAUGAAAAUAUGGUACGUGUACAAUGCGAACGGAAGAGCGAAGCAUGAAGUCGUGAAUGUACAGCAAAAGGGCUUCGAGUGACUUAGGGGUCACUACGCGACUAAUACUUGAGGAUGAUGUACAGUGCGUGGAUGAUUCCAGGACUAAAGGGACAGUUAGAAAGGAUGAGCUCGCGUUUAGCUCUUCGAAUGCUUACAUAUAACCCAGGAUUGUCUGGAGGAAGAGUCAGCCCCUGGACUUCGACAUUUGUAGGAGAGACGUACCAGCAGGAUGUUAAUGCAGAGAUCGGCGCCGCAUCCACGCUCGAGGAAGACACCGAGUGGUGGCAGGACGAUGGCCAAGCUGGAGGAGUGUACAGUCAGUAGGCCGCACGUUGAACGAAAUAUAGGUCACUAACAUGAUCUACAAGAGGAGGCGUUGAGCAGUCUGCAUCCAGUAUAACCAACAUUGGCAAACGUACCUUGCAAAUGUCAGAACCGGUGAAAGGCAUGUUGCUCAGCUGGUUGUGGCGCGAAAGGUCGGAGGGGGUAAAGAAGGCAGGGGUGAGUGCGGGCUUGUGGGGGUGAAACGGAUUCGGAGGACUUUAUAAGGGUGCGGGCGAAGUCGUUGGAGUCCGACGUACACACCCGCUGUAGCGGUCUGACGUCAGCACCCGCCCCGGAUUUCACCGCACUGCCUGCCGCUCAUGCCGCCCCAUGCUCUCACACCGCCCACGGCCGCGCCAACGUCCCCUUCGGCCUUCAGCGCGUCGAGCAACCACCAGUACCCGACGCGUACGCUGCUCACCAUGACGGCUGACAACUAUCCCGAAGACCUGCUCCGUUAGCAGCCGCACCGAGUCCGCUCACAAGCGGGGUGUCUUGCUUC